GAGUUCGUUGUGUUUGUUCAGAAUUGCUAUAAUCAAUUUAUAACAAAGAAAUUUAAAACCUGACAGGACCAGUGGAAAUUCAUUAGCCACGAUGACUUGGAUACCAAUUAUUCUAGUUGGAUUUUUACUACCAUGGAUAUUGCAGACGUUAGAGUUUGAUUCAGCCAUGGAUGUAUGCCAUAAGAGGGACAGGUUUUUCUGUAACGUUUCCAAACGGUGCCUUAACAAAUAUCGUUUAUGUGACGGAGUUAACAACUGUGUACACGGUGAAUAUGAAUCUCCACCUGCUUGUGACAUGGAAACAUGCCGUCAAAAUGGCAAGAUUUUUUGUAACGUCUCCAUGCAGUGCAUAAAAAAACCUUACGUCUGUGACGGAGAAAAAGACUGUGUAAACGGGGAAGAUGAAUCUCCCCCAGCCUGUGCUCUCAAACGAAGUUGUGUUUCGAAGUGGUCAUUAGACGUAGGUUGCUUGGGUAAAUGUAAACCUGGUUAUUUUGGACAGUAUUGCGAGGAAACUUGUUCAAAAGAAUGCUUAAAAAAGGCAUGUAAUAAAUCAAGUGGAAUUUGUAAGGACUGUACACGAACGUAUUUAGAAGGUUGUACACAAGAAUGUGGACAAGGAUGUCGAGAAAAAGACGGUUUCCCGCGGUGUGACAGAAAAAGUGGCAAAUGCUUGAAUGGCUGUGUUUUCAAUCACUAUGGAAACUUUUGCAACGUUUCAUGCAGAAACUGCAAACGAAAUUCCUCAGUUGUCCUAUGCGAUAGUAACGGUGUAUGUCUGUAUGGAUGUGAGAACGGUUAUUGGGACAAGAAGUGCAACUCUAAAUGCAGUGCCAACUGUGAAAGUAACGCAUAUGAAAACCGGUGUAAUUCAUCCACCGGGGAAUGUUUAAACGGCUGUACUCGUGGGUGGAGUGGUUUAUUCUGUGGGGAUGUGAGCAGUUUGCAAGCUACGUCUACAAAAUUGACCGAUAAAGAGAACGUCAACUCCUUAAAUACAACUUUGAUAGCCAUAUCAGCUAUGUUCACUGUAGUUGUCGUUGUUGGCGGGAUUAUCUGCUACGUAUGGGGUCGAAAAAGGUUUAUCCGUCAGCAGAAUGAACGCAUUGAGCCAGGACAAGUAUUUCCAGUUGGCGUUCCACCAAGGCAACAGCAAUCCGGGUAUCGUGAACGGCAAAACUCUAACGUGUAUGCCGACAUCCACGAUGAUACCAUGGAAGAAAGACAUUACAUCUGUGAGCAAGACAAUAUGAACGAAGUAAAUCCCAGACGUAGCGUCGUAGAAUCUGAUAGCAGCAUUGAAUUGAACGCUGCCAGAAAAAGCAAAAAGGAGGAAGGACUAUUUGGUGAUUUAGGACAAUUUCAAGUGGAUUAUAUUCAUGCUAUUGCAAGGGAAGAAUCUGAUAACAAAUUAGGUCAACACACUAUGGAGUCUCCACUAUAAAAGAUUCAUAAAGAACUAGUCGGGGAAAUAUUUUGUGAAAAUAAUAAAUACUUGAAUAUCACCAAACUGUUUCCUUAAUCUCAACACAAAGCAAAAGUGGAUGAUCAAACAGGCAGUAAACGGCCAUAGCAAACGAAACUAAAACAAAACGACGCUUUCGUAUGAAGCUUACGCAUGAUUUAAAUUGGCGUUUUGAUAUAUUAGUUAUGUCCCAGAGAGUGAUAUAAUUGUUUAUAGCAAUGACUGUCCGUCCAUCCAUCCGUUCUUUAUAACCCAUGUCUCGGCCAAAUGUCAGAUAUUAUUUUUGAGGUUUUCUCCAGAAUUAUAAAACAUUAUGGAAGGCUGUCCUGCAUAACAUUCAGAUCGUCAUCUAAAAGAGUAAAGCACAUACUUUUAGGUCAAUGUUGCAUGAUAAUAUUGACAUACAUAUACGUAUUUUAUUCAAAUAAUGACAUUUAAAAUUCACAUAAUUUAAAAGUAUAUUGGAAAGUGUGUCGAGCAUAAUUUGUUUUCUUUCAGUUUAAAUGUAAAUAUCAUAAAUAUCAA